AUGUCAACCCCACGCCUUUCACGCCUUUCAUGGAGUGACGAUGCACAAGAACGGGCCCUUCCCAACGUAGGACGCUACCGUCGCUCUGAUUGGCUCGGUGAAUCCCUGUCUGUGCGAGUUCCAAGUUUGGGAGCUAGUGGGGCCUUACCGCGUCUCUGGGACGCUGCAGCCAACCAGGAGACACUGGACCGGGGGAUGCAAGCUGCUCACCACAGUCUUAGCCCAUCUGCUGCUGCCCAGGCGUACAGGUCUCCGAAGUAUGGCGCUACUUUCAAGAUGCAUCGUUUUGAGUCCGUACUGCGUAAUGAAAUGCGAAAUUUGCAAAUACCACCCAAAUCACCCAAAGGUUGA